CACUCUGCCAGCAACUGAGCCGCUCCUUCAAGGGCCGACCUUCCUUCAAGUUGGGGUGCUAUUUGAAGAGCUCUGAAUAGCCAUAAAAAUGGAGUCUCCAACAACAGAGCUUCCUUACCAUCUGUUCAAUCAGUCAUCGGAGAGUUGUGCAGCAGUGGAUAACACCACUGAGAACAUGCUCUUUGGAGGUUUCUACAUCCUGGUCUUCCUCCUGGCCCUGAACGGUAACAGCCUGGCGCUCUGGAUCUUCUCUCACCAGCGUGGCACUUCCUCCCCAGCUAACGUCUUCUUGCUACAUCUGGCAGUGGCAGACCUGUCCUAUGUGAUCAUCCUCCCACUGAGGGCCACCUACCACCUCACUGGGGGUCACUGGCCCUUUGGGGAGGUGCCCUGCAGAGCGGCUGGCUUUUUGUUUUACGUCAACAUGUAUGCCAGCCUGUAUUUCCUGGCAUGUGUGGCAGGGGACCGCUACCUCGCUGUGGUUCACGCUGUGCGAUCGCUUAAGGUUCGUCGGGCCCGUUAUGCCCAUAUCAUCAGCUUCUCCCUGUGGGCCCUGGUCACAGUCUCCAUGGCACCCCUGCUGGUCACCCGCCAGACUGCGGAGGUGGAUGGCAUGACAGUGUGCCUGCAACUGUACAGGGAGAAGGCAUCACGCAAUGCACUCAUCUCACUGGCUGUGGCCUUCACCCCACCUUUCCUCGCCACCCUGUCCUGCUACCUGCUCAUCAUCUACAGCCUGAAUCAAGGCUCCAGGCUGGAGCCAGCCCUCAAACUGAGGGCCCUGCGGACCAUUGGCCUGGUCAUGCUCAUCUAUGUGGUCUGUUUCCUGCCGUAUCACGUCAGCAGGGCUACCUUCAUCCUGGGCUACAGCCACCCGAGUGUCUCCUGCCAGACACGCAGAGGCCUGAGCUUGGCCAACCGCCUCACCUCCUCCCUCACAUGCCUGAACGGUGCCAUGGACCCGCUGGUCUACCUCUUUGGGGCAGAGAAGUUCCGCGGCACACUGACGCGGCUGUUUUGCAGAGAUAAGGCCGGGGUGUCAGGAGCCACCAGCGGAGAGUUAAAGGGAACACACGAGAGCUCUGUGAGUGCCAAGUCUGAGUUUUGAGGUGGAGAGAUUUGAACUCAGCUGGAACAACUUUCAGACUGCAGCUUUGAUAGCUGUGAGGACUGAAAGCACAGCAAAGAGCCCUAUGCAAACAAAGGUGCAGUGUACUGUGUUAUUGCUGGUUCAAAAAAGUACGGAAAAGCCUUGAAAUUUCAAUACUAGCGGUAUAAGACAGAAAAUUUAGUCAAAAAUGCUGAUUGAAUUGAAUAUUUGAGUGUUUCUAAUAUGCCCUGUGAUGGACUUCCUGCCCUCCAGCUCAUGCAUGCUGGGACAGCCUGCAGCCCCCUGCCACCCCAGCA